AUGGCGGACGGAGGCCUGGCCGGCGUCCCUGACACGCUCAUCGACUCGGACGGCGUCUUCAAGUACGUUUUGAUACACGUGAAGCCCGCGGGAGCGGGGCCGGGCAAGGACAUCGUCCGCGGACACGCCUGGGCCGAAUACCACGGUAGGUCCGACCUCUUCGAGCGAGCGAGCGAGGAGCUGGCGCAGCGGGGCUUCCGGUGCCGGUGCCUGGGGGGCGGCCGGAUCUCCCACCGGAGCGGGGCCAAGAAGAUCCACGUCUACGGCUACUCCGUGGGUUUUGGCCGAGCAAAACAUGUCAUUGCCACAGAGAAGCUGAAAGCCAGGUACCCCGAUUAUGAAGUCACCUGGGCUGAUGAAGGAUACUGACCUCUGCCUUUAAGAGUUCACCUUUGCGACCGAACGGCAGCAAGCGGGACUGAUGCGGGAAGCCACGUGUUGAAAACCUGUCGUCCUCUGGAUCUGUGGUGGACUGCCCUGUGAUCAAACCUAUUGUGCCUGUACAUUAGUAGAAGGAAAUAAAUGAUUGCGCUCGCUGCUUAUGGUGUCAUGUUCCCUCGCACAUCGUCCUGGAUCCAUUCGCUUCCUGCAGUGUCUUUUGACUAAGAGAAACAGCGGUGAAGGGAGGAAGAUAGUUUUAUGUCUGGGAAAAACGCAGAGGAAGCAGCUGAGCCCAGCCAAAGCAGCUGAAAUAAGCAUGGACACUGGCACUAUUUAGAAUGCAAACUCACAAAGAUUGUCUUCAUCUGCCUGCCGCAAUGCUUCUGCUUCAUGUGUACCCAAAGCAGCAAUGUUCCCAAGGCCGUUUGCAGUUUAAGUUGCUUUGUUUUCUUGAUAACUAGCCAGUAGGUUUUUUUUUCUUCCUGGAAAUCAAAGCAGUUGUAACAUUUUCUAAUCUGGAAAGUUGUAAGAAAUUGCAAGAAAGGGAAAUAACAUGGCUCUGGUGAGGGCCUGAUCCAAACUGCAUGCUGAGGAGGGUUUUUUCUCUGUAUGCUCCUGUCCAGCAUGGAAACUUUGGUGGAUGCUUUGGCUCGUCCUGCUAAUGACCUGCAGACGAGAUUUCUGGACAGCUUGCGAGUCUGCAAGAUCUUUCCUGGAGAUUAUGACUUGAUUGCACGAAGUCCAAGGGCACCUUCGCGGAAAUGAGGUUGAAUUUCUUGCAUGUAAGAGCAACAAGCUCUUGUGAAACCUCACUUUCUUGGAAACAAGGUUUUGUAAUCUGUCGCAGUCUGGCUCUUGGGGUGUAUUUAAAUAAAAGAGUACAUGACUUGUGACUGAA